AUGGCUGAAGAGACUAAACCAGUUGAAACUAAACCAGCUGAAAAUGCUGAACCAGUUAUCCUAGGUGAAGAUGGACAACCACUUUCAAAGAAAGCCUUGAAGAAGCUUCAAAAGGAACAAGAGAAGCAAAAGAAGAAAGAUGAAAGAGCUCAACAAUUGCAACAAGAAAAAGAAGAAAGAGAACGUAAGGCAGCUUCUGAAGAUACUGCCAGUGAACAUUACGGUAAAUUGCCAUUGAUUCAAUCUCAAAGUAGAACCGGUGAACCUCGUAUCAAAUUUGACGAAUUGGACGAAUCGAAGGAUGAUGGACGUCAUGUUUUAUUCAGAGCCCGUGUUCACAACACUCGUCAACAAGGUGCUACUCUAGCAUUUUUAACAUUGAGACAACAAAGUGAAUUGAUUCAAGCAUUAGUUAAGGCAAAUCCAGAUGGAUCCGUCUCUAAGAACAUGGUCAAAUGGGCCGGUUCAUUGAAUCUGGAAUCUAUCGUCCUUGUUCGCGGUGUCGUUCAUAAAGUUGCUGAGCCAAUUAAAUCUGCUACUGUUUCACAUUUAGAAGUCCAUGUUACUGAUCUUCACAUCAUCUCCGAGACUCCAUCCGAAUUGCCAAUUCUUUUGGAAGAUGCUUCUCGUUCUGAAGCUGAAGCUGAAGCUGCCGGUUUACCAGUGGUUAACUUGGAUACUCGUUUGGACAAUCGUGUUAUCGAUUUGAGAACUUUAACUAACCAAGCUAUCUUCCGUAUCCAAGCCGGUGUCUGUGCACUUUUCCGUGAAUUUUUGUCCAACCGUAAAUUCACUGAAAUUCAUACACCAAAGUUGUUAGGUGCAGCCAGUGAAGGUGGUGCUAGUGUCUUUGAAGUUGGUUAUUUCAAAAGUAAAGCAUACCUGGCUCAAUCUCCACAAUUCCACAAGCAACAAUUGAUCAUUGCUGAUUUUGAACGUGUUUUUGAAAUUGGACCAGUUUUCCGUGCUGAAAACUCCAACACUCACCGUCAUAUGACUGAAUUUACUGGUCUUGAUUUGGAAAUGGCAUUUGAAGAGCACUAUCAUGAAGUUGUUGAUCUAUUGAGUGACCUAUUUGUUUUCAUCUUUACUGAGUUGACUAAACGCUACACUAAGGAAAUUGAAUUGGUCCGUAAACAAUAUCCAGUAGAGGAAUUCCGUUUACCAAAGGAUGGUAAGAUGGUUCGUCUAGCUUACAAAGAGGCUGUUGCGCUAUUGAGAGCUGACGGUAAAGAAAUUGGUGAUUUCGAAGAUUUAUCCACUGAAAAUGAAAGACACUUGGGUAAAAUCGUUAGAGAGAAAUACGACACCGAUUUCUACAUCUUGGAUAAAUUCCCACUAGAGGUCCGUCCAUUUUACGCCAUGCCAGAUCCAGAAGAUCCACGUUAUUCCAAUUCUUACGAUUUCUUCGUUCGUGGUGAAGAAAUUUUGUCAGGUGCUCAACGUAUACAUGACUACGAUUUGUUGUUAGAAAGAAUGAAGGCACACGGAUUAUCAUCUGAAGAAGUAGGUCUAAAGGAUUACUGUGAUGCUUUCAAAUCUGGAUGUGCACCACAUGCUGGUGGUGGUAUUGGUUUAGAACGUGUUGUGAUGUUCUUCUUAGAUCUAAAGAACAUCAGAAGAGCAAGUUUGUUCCCAAGAGAUCCAAAGAGAACCCGUCCAUAA